AUGCUCUCAAUCGAGAGAAAGAUUGAUGAAAACGCCUCACUGGCUCGUCUGCCCGAUUAUGCGACCAAGCAAGACGUAAUGGAGUUAAAGACGUUGAUGGCUGAUCUGAUGUCCUCAAACGCCACGGGCACAUUGAGAAACAUGGUGUCGAAGCCGAGUGCACUUAAAGCCAUCUGCGACAACAUGAGCAACCUAGAAACGAUGAGCCGAACGGACGGAUCCUCUCUGGCAUUGUCGGGAACUGUCGCAACUGAGCCUGCCUGCCAAGAGACGGUGAUACGGUCGCAGUUCCACUGCACUUGCAAACCGCGGCGUAUCCUACGCCGACACAAGCGAUCAGUCGGACCUGUUUCUUUUGCAAGAGAGGCAGUCACGAAAAGGGUCCAUGUCAUUGGAUGUCCUUUCGCUGUCUUCGACACACAGAGAACCAACAGCUGGUCUGCUGGUAUCACGCUCAGAGCGUUUCGAGGACUGGUUGCAGCAGCUGUCGACGUUUCGAUAUCAAUCACUACCGGGGCCGGUGGAUUUGGGAUGUCUCCUUCAUUUACGUAUUUUCCUGUGCGUGAAAGCAGCCCCGCGUUCGAGGCUGUGAAAGUUUUGUUGGACGCUCUUCACCCAAGCUUUAAAUUGACUAAUGAAGAGCAUACCAAAAUUUUUGAGCGAGGUAUUCACACACUGAGGACGUUUUUCACGUCUAGGGCCUCCUCGCCGUUGGAAACUGAUACAAAUGGCAACACGUUGCUACAUGCGGCAUCCACGUUCUACAGGGGAGAUUGGACAAAUCACCGGCACGAACUUAUCGAAUUCCUUCUCGCAACAGGCGUUCCGCGGGACCGUCCAAACCAAAGCGAUCAGUGA